CCCCCAGCCCUGCAGAGCUCCAUGGCCAGAGCCUGGAGGUGGAUGGAGCCCGGCUCUGCUGGGCUGGCCAGUGAUGCCCCGUGCUGAGCAGGCAGGGCCCCGAGGAGCUGCCUUGGCUGUGGGGUUUCGUAACAUCCCCCCGUGCAGAUAAUGGACACCCAGGGCACCUCAGGAGGGCACUGGGGUGCAGGAGGCUUUGCCAAGGUCAGCACCAGGACCCCGCUGUGCCCUGGGGCUCUGCAGACAAGGAAUGUGGGCACCCGAGAUCAAGGCCUUGGGCAGAGCCCUGGCACCUGCAGUCAGCCUUUGUCAGCAGGAGUGUCCUGUGAUGCAGGGAGGUGAUGGAAGUGCUGAGGGGAAUGGAAGGAAAUGAGGAGCCAGCGGGGCUGAUUGGAGGGCUGAGGUGGCAGCUGGCAGCGUGCCAGGGGGUAAUUGCAGGGGCUGAGAGAGCGGGUUGGGGCUGUCCAGGAGAGCCAGUCAGCAAAAGAGCCCCGUGGCAGGCAGGGAGGAGGCAGGGGCUGGGCCCCCAGCGCCACGUGCCCCCAGCAUGGGCAGCUCCCGCCCCGCCUGCCCGGCCCCCCAUAAAAGCGCUGCCCUGGGCCAGGGCUGCAUCCACUGCUGCGGCCUCGCUCUGCUCAGCACAAGGGCAGCCUCACCUCCCUCACGCCAAGAUGUCCUGCUACGAGCUGUGCCCCCCCAAAGCCAGCGUGGCUGUGCCCAAGCCCAGCGUGGCUGUGCCCCAGCCCAUCGCCGAGAGCUGCAACGAGCUGUGCGCCCGCCAGUGCCCCGACUCCACGGCCUUCAUCCAGCCGCCCCCCGUGGUGGUCACCUUCCCCGGCCCCAUCCUCAGCUCCUUCCCCCAGCAAGCCGUGGUGGGCUCCGCCGGAGCCCCCGCCUUUGGGGGCUCCCUGGGGCUGGGGGGCCUCUACGGCCAAGGGGCCACCCAGGCCUCGGGGGGCCUCUGCACCUUCCCCACAGCCUGCGCUGCUCCCGCCUGCAGCCCUUGGCUCCUGCCCCGCUACUCCAGGAAAAUCUGCUAAAGCCUCACCCAGCAGCCCUACAGCCCUUUGGGGGUCUCAGCCUCUCUCCUCCCCUCUUUCCUCCUCUCCUUCCCCUCUCCCCAUGACUCCUCUCCCCCUCCUGCCCGUGCCCACAUUCCCGACUCCCCCAUGGUCCCACAGGGCACUUGCUUCUCUCUGGAAGAGCCCCUGCCUGGCACAAGCCUGAAGGAUCAGCUCUCUGGCAGCCUGGGCAGAUAACCUGCCUGCCUCUGCCUGAUGUGUCUUUGUCCAGUGUGUUCUUUGCUGCCCUUGCAAUAAAAGAAUCUUGCAUCCAA